GUUCUGCUCCUAAUUUAGCUACCUAGGUGAUAAGCAGCAGUAUAUAGUGGAGCUCAGCCACUGACUCGCUGUGGAGUAGCUGCGGAGCUGACAUAGCAGGAUGGCCAGCCGGAAAGCUGGGACCCGAAGCAAAGCUGCUGCCAAGCGCGCCCAGAGGGGCUCCUCCAACGUGUUCUCCAUGUUCGAGCAGUCUCAGAUCCAGGAGUUCAAGGAGGCAUUCAGCUGCAUCGACCAGAACCGUGACGGCAUUAUUACAAAAUCAGACCUGAAGGAGACCUAUUCCCAGCUUGGGAAAUUGAACAUGAAGGAUGAGGAGCUGGAUGAGAUGCUGAAGGAGGGGAAGGGCCCCAUCAACUUCACCGUCUUCCUUGCACUCUUCGGGGAGAAGCUGAAUGGCACCGACCCAGAGGAAUCCAUCCUCAACGCUUUCAAACUCUUCGACCCCAAUGGAACCGGCCACGUGAACAAGGACAAGUUUAAGCAACUCCUGCUGACCCAGGCAGACAAGUUCACCCCGGAGGAGGUGGAGCAGAUGUUCGCGGUGACACCCAUCGACGUGGCAGGAAACAUCGAUUACAAAUCCCUCUGUUACAUCAUCACCCACGGCGACGAGAAGGAGGACUGAUGGGUGAUGUGGACAAUCGGCAUGUGCCCCACGCCUAGUGCCAUUGAAAUAAAAGCCCAAGUCCAUCAAACGAGA